AAUGUCUCCGAGUCUAGCAGGAACGUUGCGCGGGAACUGGUUCACCUAACCUCACACCCUGCGCGCUUCUCCGUGCGCGUGCACAGCUGCGUGACGCAUUCAGGGAUUCUGAGACUUCGUAACUUCGGUCUUGCGGCAUGACUCCCUGUCAAUGGGAAACCCCGCGGCGGAGCAGAGCGGAGCAGAUAAAAGGUCCAAACUGGUCCAAAUGGAAGCUGAAAGACAAACUCCGGAGCUGCGCAGCGGACACGCACUGACACACGCACACGGACACGCACGGCCACCCUGAUAGACAUGGACACCUGGACAGUUAUCAUCCUGCUGCAGUACUUCCUGUUUGGAUCUUUGGUCCGAUCGGCUCCGGUCAGCUUGCUGUCCAACCUGCCGCCUGCGUUCAGAGAAACGGCCGUGGAGGCCAAGACGCUCAGUGAGAAAAUCCUCACGGACAUUUCUGCAGCGCACGCCGCCACAGUCAAGGAUUUCAGCCUCGAUUCGUCGACAUCCAACCUGCAGUUGAUGGCAGCGUCGAUGGAAAUCCCGUCCUCUCCCGUCCUCCAGGCGCUGUCCCCUCACUUCACCCUGGAGACAUGCGUUAGCCGCAUGCUAGCAGGAGUUCAGAUGUACCAGAACCUGCUGGAGGUUCUGUCCAGCAAAGUGAGCGGUCUGGAUGACCUGAGAGCGGACCUGCGCGACCUGCUGACCCACAUCAACAAGCUAAAGGAGGGGGCGCAACUUAUAGUGGAUGUUUCGGAUCAGAACCUGAGCACAAACCUGGCCUCUUAUCUCCAGGACAGCCACAACGUCCAGGUGGCGCUCCGACUGACGUUGACUCAGCUGCGCUCCUUCUGUCAUGACCUGAUCCGGACCUUCAGAGUCCUUUCCAGGCCGCGAGCUGCAGGUGCACGCUAAGCCCCGCCCACCUGGUCCAACUCACUAGCUGCGCUUCCAUUGACUAUUAAAUUGCACAAUUUCACAUUUCAAAAUAUUUUAUCUUAUUUUGAAAAAAAAAACUUGUGUUUUGAUUAAAAAGACUUUGGCGCCAGGAUGAGGCAUCAAAAUUGGUUUAUUUUCCAAACCUGCAGUCACACAAGUCACAUGAUCAACAGCAGGAUGUUACCGCUGGUGGAAACCAUGAAGAAGACAAUGACAGGAAGUAGUCCGAGGUGGCGGUGAAAGCUUUUAAAUAACUUACAGCGUGUACAAACUUAUUCAUGUGUGAUUUUAAUUGCAUUUCUUAUUUAACAUGUUGUUGUGAGUAUUAGCAGAAUAUUAGCUGCAUUUUAAUUACAAUUCUGCACAAAACUUUGAAGAUAUUACGCUAAUGUAAAAAAAAACAGUUUGCAAUUGAAUUAAAAUAGAAAAGCAAUUUCAAUCACGCAUAAAUAAGUUUGUUCACCUGAUAAGUCAUUGAAAAAACAUGCCGUGUCCUCAUCCUCCAAUCGCGUCCUGUUGUCUACUUCGUAUUUUCCGCCAAUAGUAACUUCCGGUUGUUGAUCACAUGACUCCUGUCACUCGAACAAAUUUUUCGGGCUGCAAUAACUUUGAUACAGCCGAAAACCCCAAAAUUCUAGCAGUAAAACUUUUUUUUAUCAAAAAAAAGUUUUUCCUAAAUUAUCCAAAUUUAAUUUCCUAAUUUCAAUUUUCCCACAGUCAGUGGAGGCGCAGCUGCAGACAAAGUUUUGCGCACAUUUAUAGUGGAAACGCAGUUACUGUAACAAUGUGGAUUGUUACGGACUGAAGGAUCUGGUGCGGUUUGGUUCUGCUAGAUAAAGAAUGUAAAAGCUGCAGGCCUAUUAUCGGACCAUCUACGCUGAAUCAGAUCCAGAAGAAUCCUGAAGCUCGGUGUCUGUUCCGGCACGUCGGGCCGCUCCGCAUGUCGAGGACUAGCAGGAAUGCGAGCGCUGCCGCAGGGACAAACUUGUUUACAAACCUUCUAGCAAGCCAGAAAGAGCUGAUUGUGAGUUUUGAUGGAGGUUCAGGUCCGGACCCGCUCGGCGCUCGGAGGAAUCUCUCCUGCUGUUUGUCGGCCUCAUUAGUGGAGAAGCUGCAGACUGACGGCAAGCAGUUCGAUGACUUCUCAUCGCCUGAGGUUGAAACGGGUCAGAGUUUAACUUUUAUUACUGCAGAGACAAUCGGAUCAACCACAUCUUACAUUUGUUUACUUUCUGUUAAUGUAAACAACCUCCGGACUACAUGAGCGUUAUGCUGCCACCUGCCUGCAACAUGAGGAACAUUUUUUACUCUGCAACCAGAAGAUCAAUUUUGUAUAAAAACAUUCAUCACCUUCAAACAACUGGGAUCAAGUUGGAAUUUCCUGUUUACCGACAUGCUUUUAUUCUGAAGCAACAGCAGGAAGUGAAAAUAUUAGAAUAUUUUUUAAAAUGUUUUAUGUUUUUUCUGUUUUUAAAAAAUGUUUUUAUGUUUUCAAGAUUUUCAGACUUUUAAUUUGAAAAUCACCAAAAGAAGCUUUUAUUUGUUAUUUAUCAGCUGCAGAUUAUUUAUUCUGGCUUUUUUUUAUUUAUUGAUAUUUAUUAGGUAUUUAUUGAUGUAUUUAUUAAAAUCACUGACAGGUUGUUGGAUUUUUUUAAUCGUUAUUUAUUUAUUUGAGUCGGACUGACAGACAGCUGAUAAGAGGUCACUCGGGGCGAGCGAGCCUGACAUCACACACUGAUGAUGUCAUCACUUCCUCAUGUCCUCACAUGACCUCAAGUCGGUUGAAUCAUUCUGCUGUGUGGAAUAAUGUUCAUGUCUGUACGUUUCAAAACACGAUUUGAUAAAGAUUUCAAAAUAAAAUCUUUUCAUUAAAAAAAAUA